AUGUCAGUGGCUUUCUCUUUGGCAAAAUACUGUGUACUGUGGUUUUCAUCUUGUCUUGUUGUAGGGUUGUGUUGUUUUAUUAAGUAUAUUUUUUUGUUACCAUAACAAUUUAGACAAUACAGGGAAGCUUAGAUAAGUAAGAAUUGAAUCAAGAUGUCGCACACGAUCCUGCUGGUGCAGUCGGGCAGCAAGCCGGAGACACGCACCUACUCCGACUACGAGAGCGUCAACGAGUGCAUGGAGGGCGUGUGCAAGAUCUACGAGGAGCACCUGAAGCAGCAGAACCCCAACACCCCCUCCAUCACGUACGACAUCAGCCAGCUGUUCGACUUCAUCGACCAGGUGACCGACCUGUCCUGCCUGGUGUACCAGAAGGGCACCAACACCUACGCCCCCUACAACAAGGACUGGAUCAAGGAGAAGAUCUACGUGCUGCUGCGACGGCAGGCCGCACACUCCCAGUAGCCGCCGUCGUCUCUUUAAUUCAGCCAAUCCUUUGCGUCUCUGCCAAAACGUGUGCAAAUUGUCGAGGCGGUGCCGCCCUUUUUUUUUUUUUUUUUUGUCGUAAAUGGCGCCGGUCCCGUUCUUCGGUGUGACUAACUCUCUGUGUCUGUCCGUAUUGUAACGUGCUCAAAGGUUGAGUGAACUGUGUACGAACACCGAGAAAGGCUGCUGAAACCAUGAGUUGUGGUACCGUGCAGUUUUUUUCCAGUCACGGCAGCAUUUUUGUAUCAUUUAAUACAGUGUUUUUCUCGUACCGCUGAAGUUUCACGUACAAUCUGAUGGCUGAAAAGUGUAAAUGCAUCAGGAGUAACUAUCUCAGGAAAAAUAUUUUAUGGACAAGUUAUUAAAAUAUUAACUGAGUAUAAGGAUUGUGCGAGUGGCAUGUUUUCGUUGUAUGCUAUUUAAAAAAAAAAAAAAUUUUUUACUUACAAAUUUAUUAUGAAUUUUUAUUUGAUUUAGUAAUGUAAAGCACCAUGGUUGGAGAAAAAUACGUUAAUUUUAACGUGGUGCCUUUAUUUUACAGAGCAAGUGUAACUGAUGGUUUAACAAUAAAGCCGUAAUUCUGAUAAAAA